UGGGGAGUGGUUCGGUCCUACAGCUCAAUACACAGGUUGUGACAGCACUGAGGAUGGCUUCAUUUGGAGACCCACCUCAAGAGUCAGAUCUGAGGAUUAUCAUAAUUGGACCCCGUGAGGUGAAUGUAGCUUCAAUUGGAAACAUCAUCCUCGGGAGAGAAGUGUUUGUGUCUCAGAAUAGUAGCAAGUGCAUGAAGAGAGAUGGAGAGAUAGCUGGUAGAAAAGUAACAGUGGUAGUCACACCUAAUCGAUGGUCCAGACUUCCUCUGAUUGACACAACAAAACGAGAUAAACAAGAACUAAUGCUCAGCAUGAUUCUGUGUGAGCCUGGACCUCACGCCAUCCUUCUAGCUAUUGGUGAGGAGGAGGUCACAAAGGACAUGGCUCUCUCAAUGGAGGAGCACACAGAGCUUCUUGGCCAGGAAGUUUGGGAUCAUACAAUAUUAUUAUACUCAUGUGGCAAACAGCAAGGAAAAUGUGUUAAGGAAUCAGGAGAAGCUUUCAAGAGGAUUGCAAGUAAAUGUGGACACAGAUAUCACAUUCUCAGUGACACAAAUCAGGGUGAUAGAAUUCAGGUCAGAGAACUACUAAAGAAGAUAGAUGACAUGGUACAGAAAAACAAAGACAAACACUAUGAGAUACACGGGAAGAUCUACCUUGUUCAGAAAUGGAGGGAAGCUGAAGAUAAACGAGCAGAACAAAGGCUACAAAAGACAAAGAAACUGAGAGAGAUGCUGAGAUCAAAAAUGGGAAGCACAAGUCACAGUUCUGAGAUCAGACUUUUGCUAACAGGAUAUCAGUUUUCUGGAAAGAGCUCAACAGGAAACACAAUCCUGGCACAGGAAGCAUUUAUGACAUUUCCGAAAAAGAGGAUGUCAAAGUGUGUGAAACGUGAAGGAGACGUUCAAGGAAGGCAUGUUACUGUAGUGGAUACUCCAGGACGAUGGAGAAUUCACCCAGUCGAGUACACUACUGAGCUUUGCAAGCAGGAACUGGUGCUUAGCGUAACUCAGUGUCCACCAGGACCCCACGUUUUGCUUGUGUUUGUCCGUUUAGACACUUCGUUCACUGAAAUGAACAGGAGGGCAACGGAGCAGCACUUGCAGCUUUUUGGUGAGAAUGUUUGGAGACACACCAUGGUACUGUUCACCUGUGGGGACUUUCUGGGAGAAACAACGAUUGAGCAGUUUAUUGAGAGUCAAGGGAGAGCUCUGCAGUGGCUAGUGCAGAAAUGUAACAACAUGUACCAUGUGUUCAACAACAACAAAAAGGAUGAUCGCUCUCAGGUUUCUGAGCUGCUGGAAAAGAUUGAUGAGGUUGUUGCUAGUAACGGUGGUGGCCAUUUUGAAAUGGACCAGAAGAUUUUUCACGGGCUCCAAAAGAAGAGGAAGAUGGCAGAAGACAAAGCUAAAGAGAGGAGACUGAUGGCAGAAGAGGCACAAAAAUCGAAAAGAGGAGCAACUUCAGUAUCUGAAAAAGGAGCCUUGCCUAGUGAUCCUGAGGUCAACAUUGUAUUAAUUGGUUAUAGAAAAGCUGGAAAGACCACAACUGGAAACAUUAUGUUAGGCAAAAACCUUUUUUCCAGACAAAAGACUUUUCAGAGUGAGCAGCAACAUGGACAAGUAGCAGGAAGACAGGUAGUUGUAGUAGACACUCCAGGCUGGGACUGGGUCCAUGAUUUGGAGGAAACACCUGAGCUUGACUGGCAGAUAGUGCAGAGUGUUCACACUCAUUGUUCCAAAGGUGCACCUGUUGUUUUCCUUCUGGUCGUGCGAGCAGCUUUUCCCUUCAAAGAGGUGAACAAACGCAUUACUGAAGAAUAUCUGCAACUUCUUGGUGACUGCAUCUGGAAUCACACCAUAGUGCUGUUCACUACUGGGGCCUGGAUGGAAGACAUAGACAUAGAACUGCACAUUGAGAGUGAAGGGGAUGCACUGCAGCGGCUUGUAGAAAAAUGUGGGAACAGAUACCAUGUUAUGGACACUAAAGGAAAGAAAGCAGCUGUACAAGUCCCUGAACUGAUGAGAAAGAUUGAACAAGUAGUGGCAAAUAACAAGAGCUGUCCUUUUCAGUUAGAUAAAGAAAUCUGUGAGAAAUUUGAGAAGCAACGUUCCACUGUCAGCAAUCAAACCUCACAAAGGAUGUUACACGUCAGAAAGGAACACAGCAGCAUGAUCUCGCUUCCACCUUACAUGGAUGAUGAUGAUGGCUUUGGCUCAUAUCAAUCUCUGCUGCAUGAGACUUCCUCUACUCCAUCAUUAAGGGAUUUGUCACGCUCCAACAGGGAUAGGACACGCUCAACAACUUCACUUCAGUAAGAGCAAAACUCUGAGAGAUCUGUCGUUUCCCAUCCACUCUAAAGCAGAUCCUGACACACCAGUUUGAAAUCUAUAAGAGAACAAGCAGAGGACAAGAGGCUGAAACCGAAACACUAAAAUAAACAUAAAAAAGGAAUGGACUUAAAAAAAAAAAAAAAAAAAUCUACAAGCAACGAGUGAUAAAGAAUCUACCAGCUUGUAGAACAUCAGCAUAUUUUACAUUAGUAUUAUAUCUAUAGUCAUUCUGGCUUUCCUGUAUGUGCAAUAGAAUAAUUUGAGAAUAUAAUGUUCUUUGUAAUUCUAAAUCAUAUAAUUUGUAAUUCCAUAACCUUGGUAUAAGGUAUCAUCUAAGUGAUGAAUAAAUGUCAGGAAAACUUUUGUGAUAUUAAAGUCCUAAUUUGACAUUAUUAUUUUUUGUAAAGCAGAGAAUCCUAUAAAUAAUGUACUCAGGGUUUAAACAGAGCUACUUCCUACAAAUCCUACAUGUCUUGAUAUGUUAUGACCAACAGAGGGAGAUAUGCUACAUGAAAUAGGGCUCUUUAUAUAACCACACUUUAACCACACUGUGAGGUUAUAAUAAUAAUAAUAAUAAUAAUAAUUAUUAUUAUUAUUAUUAUUAUUGUUAUUGUUGUUGUUGUUAUUGUUAUUGUUGUUGUUGUUGUUGUUGUUGUUGUUGUUGUUACUGUUGUUGUUACUACAACAUCUACUACCUGCAUAUAUUCAUACUGUACUUUGGCAAUGAGAGCAUGUAUCUUUUGUCCAAUAUCUUAAUUGUAUAAUAAAUGAAAUAUUGGCAC